AUGCCCGCAGAUUUCUCGUCACCCCGACAAUCGCGGGGGAAGCAACGCAAGUCAUAUCGCGUUGAGGACGAAUACUCGUUUCUUGACGAAGAAGAUGGACCCGCAGUAUCUGGUAACCAAUCGCCAGCCGUCCAGGACGAUGAUGAAGACGAAGACGAUUUCAUGCCCGACGCCCAGGAAGAGGAGGCUGAAGACGACUUUGAAAAUGAGGAAGAGGAGGGUGACGAAGACGAGGAUGCAGAAGAAGAAGAGGAGGAUUCGGACGACAGCCUUGUAACGCCCAAACGCGGCGCUCAUGGGUCAAAAGCUACUCCCGUCAAGCCGCCUACUACGCCGCUUGUUCAGCGCAACAAGCCCUCUACAGAGCACGUGCCCUCGCCUAUUACAUUCGCCAAAGGCAGUGGUAUCAAACUACGCAAUGUAGAUGCUGAGAACAAGCUGCGGACACGUGGCGUACCCGAUUUCGACAAGAUUGGAGGUCAUGAGCCACGAUUGAAAAACUUGUUCGGGCCGGAUGGCCAGCAUCUUCGACCCGUAUUGGCGUCUCGCGAUCACUGGAGUUCUCAAGAAACGUUUCCGAUUAAAAAGCCUGGGCGCGGUGACUCCACCAAUGUUGAUUUGGGUGGCUUGAGACGAAGCUUCUUCGAGAAUGAGGGUACUAGGGAGAAGGAGAGUAAGGUGUUAAAGCAGUGGUAUAAGCACACAGGAAAGGCGGUUUUUGAGGCAGCACAGGCUACUAAAGAGUUUUCUGAGGAUGAAGCCAAGGAGUAUAUGCUGAAUGAUGGACCAGAGAGUUUGAACGUACUCACUGGACCUGUUAAUAGCCCCCAGGUUACCGCCCUCGGAAAAAGCACUUAUAUGCAUGUUGGGCAGUCCUUUCCAGACAAGGAUAGUAGAAGGGGCUGGCUAUUCAAUUUUGGAUCCAGGAUACAAGACGCUCAAUGGGUUACCAAGGAAGACGGUCGAACGCAAUAUGUCGGCGUCGCUGUUGAGCAGCACCCCAUGGAUGGAAACCGACCCAAGCCAAUGGAAAUACCAAAAGCGCCUGCUUUCAGUGCUACAGAGCCAUUUCGAGCUUCUAUCCAGAUCUGGGCGUUUGAGGCUACUGAAGAAGGAGAAUUGGAUACUUCGAAAGAGCCUAGACUUGAACUUGUCGUUUGCGCCAACUGGGGUGCACCUAAACAGCUGCGGUGGUGUCCAGUCGCUGCUACAGACACAAAAGUAGACUCUGAUGAUGAGAUCGAAACUCAUAUCGGCAUGCUCGCAGUCAUCUGGUCAGACGGACGAGUCCGUAUACUCGACCUAUGCUCCCCGAAGCGUCAAGCCGGACAAGCCCAACCCACAUACCUCCACUUCUCCCACACAGCCUUCGAAGUCUCCAUCCCCCAAACCGUCCCCUCCUGUCUGCAAUGGCUCUCAGGUACCACCCUCGCCGUCGCCACAGCCGCCGGCACCGUAGCCAUCUGGACCCUAACCCGCCCCGGCACCCUCUCCCCGUCCCUCCAACCACACAACCCGCGCCCCUGGUUCUACCACCAACUAGCCGACACCUUCAUCCUCACCAUCUCUUCCGCCUGGCCCUCAAACCCUCACUACCUCUCUAUCAGCACCGCCGACGGCUUCGCCCGCCUCUUCGACCUACGCAGCCCCACCGCCGACACCACAGCCUCCAUCCGCGGUCGCACCCUGUGUCUCACACAGGCCUGGCACGAGCACACGCAGUCCUUUGUCAUGCCCGACGAACACUACAUCCUACGGCACACGCCACUCCGCCGCUACUACCAUAACCUGUACAGCAUGAGACUUGAUAAUAGCAUCACGCGCGUAGCUACAAGCCCCGUGCACCCGGGUGUGCUGGUCGGCGGCACAGACGGCGACGUGCAGACGAGUAACCCCGUGAUGCGGAUUGCGAAUUACAAGGUUGUGCCGUGGCAGCAGAAAUGGUUUGUGCAUGAGUGGAGAAGCGAAGUCACAAAGUUGAUGGUGAAACCCGUCGCUACAACUAACACCCCUAAAGAAAGAUCUGUGGAUGGAGAAAAAGAAGAAGAAGAAGAAGAAGGUCAUGUCAGCGUGGCGACGACGGCGACUGCGGCGGUGGUUCCAGAAGAUAUUCUCAAACAACCUCUUGUCCGUGUUUCGGAGGGUUACAAGGCAGUGCAGCAGGGUAUCGCGAGUAGUGCAGUGUCGAAGAGGAAGGGGAACCCGGAGAUUGGGCGGUCGAUUAGUAUUUUUGAGGAGAGGUCUGCGGUUACGGCUCUGGCAUGGAAUCCGAAUUUGAGAUAUGGGACAUGGGCAGUUGCGGGUAUGGGGUCGGGGUUGUUGAGGGUGGAGGAUGUAGGGAUUGUGGAGAAGAAGAAGUAGAAUCGGGGCUGGUGGAAGGGAAGAAGGGGAAAAAGAAGAUGCGCGGGGAGGGGAGGGGGAUCCUAGUUUUCUUAGAUGAAAUGUCAUUCUCCGUGAAAUUACAUGUUCACUACACAAGUUAAAAUGAAUAUAUAAGCAAUUGAAUAACACAUAAUACCCGCAAUCUCGACAGUGAAAAAGAAGUAACCUGAUUGUUCAUAUUCCACAAUCUCACCUCACCGACCUCAUCUUGCACAAAAGCGGUGAUUUCUCCCACAAAAUAUACGUCGCCUGGUCAAUCCAGUCGUUGCUCUCAUCACAAAGCUCGAUGUCAAAGUGAUAGUAAGUUUUUGC